UUAUGGUGUUGGUUAUGUGUGCUCGAAAUCGAUAUUUUUCCUAAGUCGGGCAAGGAGGCGAAGCAUUUCCCUUUUGUCAAUUGGAAAUGACUCGUUGUCUGGGCCAGGAAUAAAACCAGUACUGUCCCUUUAUGAGGCGAAAAUUCAUUUAGCACCGGCUCAUUUAUAACGCCCGUGAACAUUUGAAAAGGUUAGGACAUUAGCCACGACCAUAAGCAGAAAAUGCGAUUACAUUCUCAAUGAAAGCGCAAAGAGUUUUACGUUCAUCGCGAGGCCGAGGGGUCUGCUAAAAAGCGUCCCUUAUCUUUCAACAAAAAUCUGCGCCACUUGGCCUAUAUCGUGUGGAACACUCGUAAUUUUUUAAGGGCCGAAGGUGUGAAUCGCUGCAGAGAAAAGCCGCUAACUCGGUCAUGGGUUGGCCUGGCGUCAAGAAUGUAGGAAAUAUAAUUAUGAUGACGUCGGCGCCCUUCUCAAUUUUCAUUGGUCUCUUUGACUGAUCGCCUGAUUAAUCACUGUCAAUCAUUGUGUCGGCGUCCUUUGAAGUUAUCCCUUUAGAGUUGCCGCCGACUCUUCAAGCUCAUAUACCAGCACAACACAGCGAGGCGAAAUAAAUUCUAGACAGUGAAACUUGAGGGUUUUUCCACGACCAGCGAGGCUAAAAUGCCUCAACUACCCAAUAGCUCUACGGAAGAUCUCGGCGCCGAUGACGAAGUGAAGGAAUACAAGCAGGAAGACGGGGAAGAUUCGGAGAACGGCGCGCAUUUGGACCUCGUGAACGAUAUCAAGUCAGACCUGAUCAAAAAAGAGACCGAAAAUUCGGAGGAUUCUAAACGACCACCUGAUGCAAGCUCAGCACCUAUUGCUCAACUACUAUCGUUUCCUGAUCGUUAUAAUGAACAUUUAAACUCCGGGUCUCACCCCGGUUACUCUAGAGGGGGUCCUCCGCAAACACCUCAAGAUGAUAUGAAACAUGUUUUUCAGCGUGGCCAUGGAUCAAGACCUGCAGGUAUCUUUCAUCCUGCACACCAUCAUCCUUACACUACCGCCCCUCAGUAUCAAUAUGCCAUGUACCCUGGAGUGAAAGGUCCGGAUAGUCGACGAUAUCAUUAUCACAAUGACCCUCCUAUAUGGCAACCUCAUUCACAAAUAAUUGCCCAACCUUCUUCUCAAUAUACUCCCAACUACCCAAGCCAAGUCGGACCAACAUCAGCUGGUAACAUUAGACUAACCCACCCAACAAUAACGGCAGAUCCCCGAGGAGUUUGCUGUCCGCCACCACCACCUAACCAGACAGUCAUCACUCGUGCGCCUCCAACAUGCGGAUCUGGAAGUUUAUUAACAUCACAGAGUAUUCCAGCAUUGCCUGAUCACCCAGGAAUGGAUACCGCAGUAAGUGGAAUAGAUGGACACAUGAAAGGCCACGUCAAGAAACCUCUAAAUGCGUUCAUGUUGUAUAUGAAGGACAUGCGCUCGAAAGUCGUAUCAGAGUGUACUUUGAAAGAAAGCGCCGCGAUCAACCAGAUUCUUGGAAAGAGGGUAAUGCCAAAUUAUAGAUUACUGUUUCACUCGUCACCAUCAAGAUUAUUCAUGCUUACACUCAUUGUAACUUUCUGUUUAGUCUUUGAACUUUGGAUUUAUGGAGACAAUUAUUUGCUUUCUAUUUUAGCAGAAAUUACAAAUCCGAAAAAAUGCCGAGCAAGAUAUGGUCUUGACAGACAACACGAAUGGUGUAAACCAUGCAGGCGGAAAAAGAAGUGCGUCAGAUUCUUAGCUGGUGGUGGAGGCUCGCAAGACCUUUCUCCAUCUGGUAAUGCCGCAAAUGCAGAAAGUGAAAAUAUUGAUGCCAACAUUGAAAGCAAUACAGCAAUGAUUACGUCAACAAAUGCCACCACGCCUACCUCAUAGCAGUAACAUUAUUAAUAAUUAUUAUUGUAGAGUUGAAAUUUUAUUAUCACAGAGCCUAUUUUAGUAGGAAGCCAAUUAGGCAAUUGUCUUAUAGUGCUGAAAAUGUAUUAUGCACCAAAGCGGAUUAAUGUAACCAUGUGUAAUAAUAUGUUUAGAAAUUUAUAUUAACUAAUUAAUUAGAAAUAAUUUAAUAAGACACUUUUGUGUUAUAUUGUUGAUAUUUUGGCAGGCUGUCCCCCCUCCCUUUACUUUUCAGUGAUAAGAAUGUGUUUAAAAUUUUUAAGGGAGUUAGGCAGCUGAUAUUUUAUCAUCUCAUAAGCAGAAGCUUCCCUCAAUCCUUGUUUCACUAAUUUGCAAUGGAGAAGAGAAUCCUUUGAAAGUACCCACUUGGUUUCCUCAUUUAAUUACCAGUCUUGCAUGUUGUAGCUGCAUGUUUAGUGUCCUGUUGUCAUCACACUGAGUGCUCAUAAUGUAUGUUGCUCAAGGACAGACCAUUAUUUUUUUUGAAGGAGGAGUUGGCAAUUUCCAAAAAAAAAAUAUUCCUGCACAGCAAAAACUGCUUUAAAAAAUUGUGAAAGGGAAACCAUGAGGAAAAAAAAAUGGAGCAAGAGUUUUCUACAAGCCAGGGAGCUCUCGACCAUCAAAAAAACUCAUGCACAACCUGAAGGGGAGAAAAAAAUUUCAUGCCCCAGAAUGCCCAACCCCCCCNCCCCACCCCACCCCUCUAAAAAAUAAUGCUUGGUCCCUUUUCUAUGCGAGAUUACCCGAUUGCCUUGGAGAUGGGUGUUUGUUGUCAGUAGCAGAAAUUUGUAUUUAGUGGGUGCUUGAAGAUUUCUGGAUGUCAUCAUUACUUGAGGAAUGGUAGAGGGAAACGUCUGCUCAUAGAGACUACAAAAAUGUUUUUACACAUCCUCAGUGUAAUGAGGAAGUAAGGAGUUUUCCCAGAUGUUAUUUUAAAGAAGAUGAAUGAGGUUUUACUCAUCAGCAGAGUUGUUUUAUCAACAAUUUAAAAGAUGUUCUUUUGUAAACAAAAAGGAUUUAAAUAAUGAUGCCUCUGGUUGAUAAAAUCCAGUUGAAUCCGAUUUCAAUUUUUGAUAAUCAAUCCAGAUGCCCAAAAUAAAAGAAACAUUUAUUUUGCUGCUUGUUAAUAGGACAUUAUUCAUAUUGCUGUUUGCUAGUUGAUACUGCUACUAAAGAAUACAUGUACUUAAA